AUGCUGGUCCUGUCGGAUGAUGUCGGGGCAUCAGCGUCAACCCCCAUGCUACCCCUAGGCGCCGGCGACCGGUUCGCGAAGGUGACGGGCCCACAGAUCGGGCAGCCGCUGCAUCGAAAGCUGUUCGUGUUCACGAGGCCAGGCUGGCGAGCGUACCUGAAGCAAUUCAUGACCUUGCAGGAGGUCUCAGGUGCAUUUGGAGACAUCGGACUGUUCCUACCGCUGCUCACUGCGCUUGCCAUUGGACGCGUGAAUGGAGCACCGCAGAUCGAGUUCGGAGCCGCAUUGUUCUUCGCCGGAGUUUUCACGUCAAGCUUGGCACUUCACUUCAAUGUGCCGAUUCCAAUCCAGCCCAUGAAGACGAUCGCAGCUGUGGCGAUCGCCGACAAGGUCCCUAACGAGCAAAUUAUCGCUGCGGGUAUCCUCAUGGGGGCCAUUGUGGGACUGCUGGCGCUCACCAACAUCAUCACGCAUCCAAGUACGGUCGUGCCGGUUCCAAUUGUGCGCGGGAUUCAGUUGGGAGGCAAGAACGAAGUCAUUUGGUUUGGGUUGGAUUCUGUCACGGUGUCGUUGCUUCUAGGAGCCUUGUGCAUCGUGUUCAUCCGCAGCCGCAAAGUGCCCAUGGCCUUGCUGCUAUUCGUGUACGGCAUGACGGUCGCUGUAUACCAGUAUCUUCGCCUACGUGAUGAGUAUCAUCUGCCGUCGCUAGCGCUGGGACCGAAGUUCGUCGCGCCGGUGGUCCCCACGAUGCACGACUUUGGCCAGGCUUUCGUGUACCUCGUCCUGCCACAACUGCCACUCACCUUGUUGAACUCGGUAGUCGCUCUCGAAUCGCUGGCAGCUGAGCUCUUCCCCACCCACGACAAACCUGCCGGCGUGCGCCGCGUGUGCUUCAGUAUCGCCGGCGGAAAUCUUCUCUUCUCUUGGUUCGGAAUGCUGCCGGUGUGUCAUGGUGCGGGCGGCCUGGCCUCCCAGUACGCCUUCGGUGCGCGGAGCAGCCUGGCGAUGGUGUUCCUCGGGGCCUUCAAGAUGUUCUUCGCGCUGCUGCUGGGCUCCACGUGCGUUGCGCUGCUUCAGACGGGCAUCUUCCCAGCGUCCGUGCUGGGCGUCAUGCUGGUCUUCAGCGGCCUGAGCCUCGCUAUUGUGGGACUGAAGCUCGAGACGGCUGAAGGCGAGCGUGAUGCAGCGCUUCUAUUGCUGCUAGUGACAGCGUCAGGCUGUCUGGCGUUCAACACUGGAGUGGGCUUCAUGCUGGGGCUCUCCGUGUACGCUGUGAGCGCGGCGCAGCGUUGCUACCGCUGGAGAGACGUACAGUAG